AUGUCCUGGCUGGCAGGCUUGACUUCGCGUGCCGAAAGCCUACUUAAUAACCUGGAUAACUCAACAGCAGCAGCUCUCCAAACGGUUACCAAUGAGCACUUUAAUAACUGGUAUACAGCUCAGCCCGCGGUAUUUCGCGACGCCAUUGCGACUGACAAUAUAGAUGGUUCAAUCGUACUCGAGCAUCAAUCUCCAUUUCCACAUACUGAGCCUUCAGAUUUCAUGAAGCCAUUGCAACUCAAUUGUCUUUUGUACGGCGAAUCCCAUCGCAGCGUCCGAGACGGCAGCUUCAGCACUAACUCAUUCUCGAAAAAGUCUGACUCUAUUCCCAUGCUCUCAUCCACUCAGCGGCCAGAUUCUUCUCAAGAGAUCGAUCUAUUUGGCUUUCUUAAUAACUCCGAGCCAAGCAGUUUCAACCGCACUGGCUUUCCCGGUUUAGUUGCUGAUUUCGCCUCGACCGUUUCAUCGUCGUCCCCGGCCCAAGUAUCGUCUGCUGUUUAUGCUUUACCUGUAUCAACUAACUCUACGGUUGUUUCUGGAAUUGAAUAUCCGUCAGUUGCCAGCGCUCAAGCACUAUUACCGUCGCGAUCGCUUCUUCUUACCUCUUCUCAGAAUCAUCAUUCAUCUGAGGAUAUGGCUAAACUCAGCAUUCAAGAGCUUGGUCAUGAAGAAACCGAUACCGACACUGGUUACGCUGACUCUAGAACUUGCGACUAUCCUCCUCCAAGACCUUUCGAUACUCCUGGCACCCAUCUUGGUUCAUUUGAAGCCAGUUUAUUUCUGCAGACCCCAAAAUCACACUCUUCUAAUAACAGGCAUUCGCAUUCCGACUCUGCUUGCUCUCAUUCCUGUAAUCCCUCCUCCGACUCUUCUUCAUCAUCUGCAUCUCUUCCUGCAGAUUCUUACAUGCCAGUUCAUUAUCAUCAGAAAUCUCAACCUUUACAUUCUACUGAACCACAUGUAUCCCCACCAUUAUAUCAACCCCUAGCGAGUUCUGUCAUCGAUUGCGUUCAAACCCCAGAUGCCAGUCAAGCUUAUCCGUCGAUCAAGCUAACUUGUGCUAGCUCUAACCACAUAACAACCAAUCUGACCACCGAUCUUGCUAUGGAAAACAAAGUAUUGCGCAGCGAGGUCUCCAGUCUUAACCAAGAAGUUUCAAGUCUUUUGAGAAGGAAUCGUCGGGCGGACGAGGAGACGAAGCGUCUGAAAGACCAGGUACAGCCCUCUUAUUUGCACACCUAUACCCUCUGCACACCUGUAGUUCUUCUAUUAUAA